AUGGAUCCCAAUUCUGAUGACCCAACAAACGAUUCUGUAGGCGAAAUCGAUCGGUCUGAUGCAAGUGCUACGCUGCUGUCUGUCGAGGGCCAGAAAAAUGCGUUAACUUCGGAUUCGACGAACCGUUCCCCAGUUGAGGGAACCGAAGGAGCAACGACGGAAGGGGCAGUGGGAGGUGUCACAGGGUCUAGACCGUCAAGUCAGCACCAAGGUGUCCACUCUCGCAACAUUUCUUCAUCGUCGGCCCUUUCCGCCCAAAGCAUGGGGCAGGCCAAACCGGGAACGACCAACGACGGGGGAAACGUGAAGCUUGCCGCGUCUAUGCCCCCGCCACCCGUCCCACGACAGAGUCCAUCGAGGGAAGAAUCGACAGAUACGAUCGUUCCGACGAAACCGCCCCAGGGACCGGCCACUUCCCCGGCUUUUGCUUCACAAGAUUUUGGUGCCACGGCCACCGAUCACGACGACCACGGCGAACACGAUACCCCUCGCCUUCAGGCAGGCACCGCUAGAGAGACAGGCACGCCGUACGGCAUCCUCCCCGAGCCUGCCCUUCGCACUCCCCGAACUUCAGUGUCCGAAGGCCCCGUGAGUAAUCGCCUCAGCGUCAGCUCUCUAUACAGUCUCGCAUCUGCUCGCGGCGUCCCUAGCUCGGCAGCAUCGGCCAACGGCAGCGAAACCAGCAGUCUCGCCGGCUAUCGUCCUGCAUCUGGCAUCAUGACAGCAGGCGGGGGACCCAACACAACGGUCACCCCUGGGGCUGCGGGAUCAGGGGCCGUAUACCAGUCCACAUCACGGGAAGGGAACGCUUCAAACGACGGGACCAGAAGGCAGCAGCAACAAACUGCUCCGGUGCCGAUGCCACGUCAGCCACCCACUAGGUCCAGGAGCCGAGCUAAGCGCAGGUUCAGUGGGAGCACUGGGGCCAGCAGCCAUAGCCCUAGCGGUGAUCGAUCCAUCUCGCAUCGACCAGAUAAAGAAGAGCACAAGCCUGCUCCGCUUGGGGUCAUUGGUGUUUGUGCUUUGGAUGCGAAGGCAAGAAGCAAGCCCAGCCGGAACAUCCUAAAUCGCCUAAUCCAGAACCGCGAGUUCGACGUCUGUGUGUUUGGAGACAAGGUUAUUCUUGACGAGGAUGUUGAGAAUUGGCCCAUUUGCGACUAUCUCAUUUCCUUCUACUCAGAUGGGUUCCCCCUGGAAAAGGCGAUCGCCUACGUCAAGGCUCGCAAGCCCUUCUGCGUAAACGAUGUGCCUCUGCAAAAGAUCCUUUGGGAUCGCCGCCUAUGCCUUCGCCUUCUCGACCGCAUAAACGUCCCCACCCCUCAGCGUGUCGAAGUAAACCGCGAUGGUGGCCCAACUCUGCUCACGCCCGAGACUUGCAAGUACAUCCGGGAGGUUAGCGGUAUUACUUUUGAACCGUUCGACUCAGAUGCCGAGCGGGCAAGAUCAGCAAACCCUCGGAAGGUAGAGUUGCUCGAUAACGGCGACAUAUUAUCAGUCGACGGCAGCUUGAUCAAGAAGCCCUUCGUUGAAAAGCCGACUAGUGGCGAGGAUCACAACAUCAUUAUCUACUUUCCCUCGUCGGCUGGCGGCGGCGCUCGUAAGUUGUUCCGCAAGAUCGGCAACAAGAGCAGUGAAUACGUCGAGACGCUCAACGUUCCGCGCGCCAUCACACAACCGAACGAGAGUUUCAUCUAUGAGCGGUUCAUGCAAGUCGACAAUGCGGAAGACGUCAAGGCCUACACCGUGGGCCCAACUUACUGCCAUGCCGAGACACGCAAGUCCCCCGUUGUCGACGGUGUCGUCCGCCGUAACACCCAUGGCAAAGAGGUCCGCUACGUGACAGCGUUGAACGCUGAAGAGAAGGAAAUUGCUAGCAAGAUCAGCACUGCUUUCGGCCAGCGCGUUUGCGGGUUUGACUUCUUGCGUGCUGGUGGCAAGAGCUACGUUAUUGAUGUCAACGGCUGGAGUUUCGUGAAAGACAACGACGACUACUACGAUCAUUGCGCCAGCAUCCUCAAGGAUAUCUUUAUCAAGGAGAAGCUGCGCCGCGACGGCCGGACGCCGCCCAUGCCCUCUCCCGUAAUCUCCGAUAUCGAUCCUAUCUCGCUCAAAUCGGGCCACACGCCUAAGGAUCGGGACCAUGCUUCUGUUGGCAGGCCAAGUGUGGACAGAUCGGCCCGGAAUUCGCUCAUCGAACCCCUCCCACCGUCUAAACCCGAUUCCAAACACAGCAGCAUACCUGCUAGUCCGUUGGCGGGUCAGUUCUCGGCUGCGCUCCAGGACCCAGCGCCAUCUGCGACUCCCUCGGUCGCUUCAGCUGCGCCUUCUCUUCUCCCCGAAGCCAUGGCCCCUCUCGAACAGGAGCCACCACCGCCACCUCCUCCCAAGCCUAGCUGGAGACUCAAAGGAGUUGUGUCCGCCAUUCGCCAUGCGGAUCGCACCCCUAAGCAAAAGUACAAGUUCACGUUCCACACUGCCCCAUUCAUCGAACUCCUGAAGGGUCACCAGGAGGAAGUGCUGCUUAUUGGCGAGCCAGCCCUGGCGAGUGUGAUUGAGGCCGUGGAUGUAGCCAUGCAGGAGGGAGUCGAAGAUCCUGUCAAGCUCAGGGCAUUACGCAACGUUUUGACCAAGAAGGGGAGCUGGGCGGGCACCAAGGUUCAGAUCAAGCCCAUGUUCCGCAAGAAACUCGACGGGAAGAACGCAAAAUUGUCCAAGGAGCAGGGGCAAGAGAAAGAUCAGGGCCAGGACCAAGGUCGAGCUGUGGAUAAGAAGGACGACGGAGGCGAGUAUACUCCCCGCAAGCCGCCGCGGCGGAACGAUUCUCUCUCGGGUGUGACUAUGUCCAAGUUCACUGCUGCCGAAGAGAGCCUGGUACUGGAUAAGCUGCAGUUGAUCGUCAAGUGGGGCGGUGAACCGACACACUCGGCUCGUUAUCAGGCGCAGGAGCUGGGCGAGAACAUGCGCGGUGACCUAGGCCUAAUGAACCGUGAGGUUCUGGACGAAGUGCACGUCUUCAGCAGCAGCGAACGUAGAGUCGUGACAAGCGCGCAGAUCUGGGCGGCGAGCUUUCUCAAAAAGCAGGAUCUUCCCGAGGAUUUUAUCACGAUUCGCAAGGACUUGCUAGAUGACUCCAACGCGGCCAAGGACGAGAUGGAUAAAGUCAAGAAGAAGCUUAAGGGGUUGCUGCGCAAGGGCAACGAGCGGCCCUCGCAGUUCGCCUGGCCAGAGAAUAUGCCUGAGCCAUCUGAGGUGCAGACCCGCGUCGUUCAACUCAUGAACUUCCAUCGGAAGGUCAUGCACCACAACUAUGCCAAGCUGUACAGCGGCGCCGUAAACGCCAUGAGCAUCAUCAACAACCCUCCCGGCGGUCAGGACAAGCCAACCUUUCACGAGGGCACGGCGUCUUCGACUGUUUCACUGUCGUCGCUUACAUCGGCCGGGUCGCUUUCGCAAGCGAAUUCGAUCACGAAUAUCCAGGCUCGGUGGUGUUGCGGGGAAGACGCGGAGUUGUUCAAGGAGCGGUGGGAAAAGUUGUUUGCCGAGUUUUGUGAUGGCGAGAAGGUCGAUCCCAGCAAGAUCUCGGAGCUAUACGACACGAUGAAGUUCGAUGCCCUUCACAACCGACAGUUCCUCGAGUGGGUGUUUACCCCGCCUAAGCACAUGCUUGAGGAGGAGUACGGGAUCUCAUUGAACGGGAAGGAGGCUAGUAAACCGGCUUCGGGUUCAACAUCGUCUUCGCCGCCUAGCAUGCCAGAGGAAAACGGCAGCAACACCACCGGCAGCGCCAAAGGGGCAGGGGAAGAGAAAAGCCCCCCGCCACCGACGAGCUUGAGCGAAAAGAUCGAGACCUCGGGUCACAAGGCCGUGCGGCGCAUUUUCCGUCGCCGUUCGUACCUCAAUGGCCUCCGCAGUGCCGGUGAAGCGGAGCUCCCGGAGAAAUAUUUCCACCUGUACAAGGGCAAUAGCCAGACCAAGGCCAAGACGGACGCGCGCUUUGAGCCGCUACGCGAGCUGUACCAGCUGGCGAAGGUUAUGUUUGAUUUUAUCUGCCCGCAGGAGUAUGGCAUUUCUGAUAGUGAAAAGCUCGAAAUCGGCCUCUUGACGUCGCUCCCCUUACUCAAGGAGAUUGUCCAGGAUCUCGAGGACAUGCAAGCAUCAGACGAGGCUAAGUGCUUCAUCUACUUCACCAAGGAAUCGCACAUUUACACGCUCCUCAACUGCAUUCUCGAGGGCGGACUCGAGACUAAGAUCAAACGGGCCACGAUUCCCGAGCUCGACUACCUCUCGCAGAUCUCCUUCGAGCUAUACGAGAUGCCGGCCAAUCCUCCGUUUGACGCCGAGGGAACGCCGGUAUUCAACUACAGCAUCAAGAUCACGAUCAGCCCCGGGUGCCAUGUGUUUGACCCACUCGAUGUGCAGUUGGAUAGCCGCCACUGUAUUGGGUGUGCUCCGAGGAGAAGCUUGACGGCGCAUGCGGACUGGAAGGUGGUGAUUGAGACGCUGAGGGCCAAAUUUCAUCAGGUGAAAUUACCCAAAACCUUCCUAGCUGUCAACCUCUCGGACGCGUUCUCGUUUCAGGAGAAACAGAACCAAAACGACAACGAAGGUUUGGAAAUGAAGUUGCCAAGCGGGAAGAAGGGAGCCGAGGGGGACACCAUCGGGCUGGAAGCACAUCAGGAGGAAGCCAGCAGUGGUGAUGCGGUUGAUGAAUCAGAGGCAAUCACCGGCGAAGGUUCUCCUGCUGCUGUCGCUUCUGAUCCUGAUCCAGGUCCGGUCCUCCCGGCCGCUGGCACAUCCACCGAUGCGACGACGGCCGGCGGUCCGGCUCCAACCCUGGCACCCCAGCCAGAGGGGGCAUCUGAAGCCGGCCAGGGUACCGUGGCCGGAGAACCGGACGAAAAGAUCUGA